AUGGGGAGUCGCACCGAGGCAACGACUCAACGUGGGGAGUCGCACCAAAGGCGUCACACCACGCAAACGCCUCACCGAGGGACGUCGCACCGCGCAAAAGCCUCACCGAGGGGCUCCGCACCGCGCCAACGCCUCACCGAGAGGUGCGUCGCACCGCGACAACGCCGCACCAAUCAACAUCGCACCGAAGCAACUACGCACGAAGGGGCAUCGCACGGCAGCAACGCCUCACCGGGGGCACUUGCACCGAAGCAACGCCUCAACGAGGGGAGUCGCACCGAAGCAACGCCUCAACGAGGGGAGUCGCACCGAAGCAACGCCUCAUCGAGGCGAGUCGCACCGAAGCAACGCCUCAUCGAGGCGAGUCGCACCGAGGCAACGCCUCACCGAGGGGCGUCGCACCGAAUCAACGCCUCACCGAAGGGCGUCGCACCGAAGCAACGCCUCAACGAGGGGAGUCGCACCGAAGCAACGCCUCAACGAUGGGAGUCGCACCGAAGCAACGCCUCAACGAGGGUAGUCGCACCGAAGCAACGCCUCAUCGAGGGGAGUCGCACCGAAUCAACGCCUCACCGAGGGGCGUCGCACCGAAGCAACGCCUCACCGAUGGGCGUCGCACCGAAGCAACGCCGCAAGAAGGGCCGUCGCAACGCGCCAACGCCGCACCGAGAGGCGUCGCACCAAAGCAACGCCUCACCAAGGGGAGUCACAUCGAAGCAACGGCACAAAGAGGGGAGUCACACUGAAGAAACGGCACAAAGAGGGGAGUCGCACAGAAGCAACGACUCAACGUGGGGAGUCGCACCGAGGCAACGACUCAACGUGGGGAGUCGCACCAAAGGCGUCGCACCGCGCAAACGCCUCACCGAGGGACGUCGCACCGCGCAAAAGCCUCACCGAGGGGCUCCGCACCGCGCCAACGCCUCACCUAGGAGCUUCACACCGCGCCAACGCCUCACCGAGGUGUGUCGCACCGCGCCUAACCCUCACAGAGGUGCGUCGCACCGCGACAACGCCGCACCAAUCAGCAUCGCACCGAACAACGCCUCAACAUGGGGAGUCGCACCGAAGCAACGCCUCAUCGAGGCGAGUCGCACCGAAGCAACGCCUCAUCGAGGCGAGUCGCACCGAAGCAACGCCUCACCGAGGGGCGUCGCACCGAAGCAACGCCUCACCGAUUGGCGUCGCACCGAAGCAACGCCUCACCGAGGGGAGUCACACCGAAGCAACGCCUCAACGAGGGGAGUCGCACCGAAGCAACGCCUCAACGAGGGGAGUCGCACCGAAGCAACGCCUCAUCGAGGCGAGUCGCACCGAAGCAACGCCUCAUCGAGGCGAGUCGCACCGAAGCAACGCCUCAUCGAGGCGAGUCGCACCGAAGCAACGCCUCAUCGAGGCGAGUCGCACCGAAGCAACGCCUCACCGAUUGGCGUCGCACCGAAGCAACGCCUCACCGAGGGGCAUCGCACCAAAGCAACGCCGCAAGAAGGGCCGUCGCAAUGCGCCAACGCCGCACCGAGGAGCUUCACACCGCGCCAACGCCUCACCGAGGUGUGUCGCACCGCGCCUAACCCUCACAGAGGUGCGUCGCACCGCGACAACGCCGCACCAAUCAGCAUCGCACAGAAGCAACUACGCAUGAAGGGGCAUCGCACGGCAGCAACGCCUCACCGGGAGCACUCGCAACGAAGCAACGCCUCAACGAGGGGAGUCGCACCGAAGCAACGCCUCAACGAGGGGAGUCGCACCGAAGCAACGCCUCAACGAGGGGAGUCGCACCGAAGCAACGCCUCACCGAGGCGAGUCGCACCGAAGCAACGGCACAAAGAGGGGAGUCGCACCGAAGCAACGCCUCACCGAGGGGAGUCACACCGAAGCAACGGCACAAAGAGGGGAGUCGCACAGAAGCAACGACUCAACAUGGGGAGUCGCACCGAGGCAACGACUCAACGUGGGGAGUCGCACCAAAGGCGUCACACCACGCAAACGCCUCACCGAGGGACGUCGCACCGCGCAAAAGCCUCACCGAGGGGCUCCGUACCGCGCCAACGCCUCACCGAGGUGAGUCGCACCGAAGCAACGCCUCACCGAGGUGAGUCGCACCGAAGCAACGCCUCACCGAGGGGCGUCGCACCGAAGCAACGCCGCAAGAAGGGCCGUCGCAACGCGCCAACGCCGCACCGAGGGGCGUCGCACCGAAGCAACGCCUCACCGAGGGGAGUCGCACCGAAGCAACGUCUCAAGGAGGGGAGUCGCACCGAAGCAACGCCUCAACGAGGGGAGUCGCACCAAAGCAACGCCUCAACGAGGGGAGUCGCACCAAAGCAACGCCUCAACGAGGGGAGUCGCACCAAAGCAAAGCCUCAACGAGGGGAGUCGCACCAAAGCAACGCCUCAACGAGGGGAGUCGCACCAAAGCAACGCCUCAACAAGGGGAGUCGCACCAAAGCAACGCCUCAAGGAGGGGAGUCGCACCGAAGCAAUGACUCAACGUCUGCGUCGCACGGCGCCAUCGCAGCACAAGGGUCGUCGCAUCGAAGCAACGCCGCACGAGGAGGCGUUGCAAGAAGCCAACGCCGCUCCGAGGGCCGUCGUAGGGCGACAUUGCAGUACAGAGGGGCGUCACACCGCGCCAACGUGUCGCCGAGGGGCGUCGCACCGCGCCAACGCCAGACACGGCCCUACAGCUACUCCUAG